GAUAGACGGCUUAGAUGCUUGAAAAUAUCCAGCAGUUAAGCGAUUCUCGCUUGUCUUGUUUUACUCGAUAGAAUUGUGAGAGCGAGGCUGGGGCCCGUGCUGGCUGGGUGACGUCUGCGAGCGAGAGAGCGAGGCGGGCCACGAGCAUCUCGUGAGAUCGAUAUCCACCCUCCGCCACUGGGUCUCACGGCGUCCACUGCUUUCAUUUAGCCGUACACCAGCCCUUUACCUGCUCAAUGAAGUCUGGCGCUGCCCUAACUCUUCUUUCCAGCAGAAAAUUACAAGUUGAUUGUCUGUGAGGAUUCACGCAUCUUUUUUUCUGAACUGCUUCCUUCAAUUUUUUUAUACCUUUCAAGAUCCAUUUUAAUGAGUUUGGAGAGAAAGGAAGUAUGAAGUUUCAUUUGCUAAAUUUUCAACAGCUGUGGUCGAGAUUAGAGUCCGAUUAGGGCAAGAGAAUGCAUACUUGGGUGAAUCUUUAAAAGCGUUCUUCUCGCGCUGCAAGGCGGGACAAAGUGCGCGGUGUGCUCGAGAAAAAACUUUUGUGACAAAAACGCUUCUGGGAUGACUUCACGCUUUCUUGAAUAAUCUCCUUGUGCUCCUGGGUGAGCAAAGUUGACGAUUCAGUUUUCCAAGCUUGCUUCCAUCUUGACAACACUGUGAGGGAUGCUGCGUCCGUCUCUAGCUGUUGGUCUCUUGUCUGCGCGACGCACAGGACGACAGACAAACCCGGAGGAGAUUCCGGACAGAAACGUAAUCCGAAGUCGGUUGUAUGCUGCUGCAUCCCUUCAUUGCACAGAAAGAUCCAUGCUUGUAAGAAAGUAGGUGGAAAGUGACUCAGAGCUCCUUUCUGCUUCCAUCCACUCCUCAUCCUCAUCACCUGAAAGCCUGCGCACACGAGAAAAGUGUAAACAGACAAGUCUUCACAGUGGCAGCCGGCGUCUGAGUGAAUCGUGACAUCCGGGGCUUACAAUGAGCUCCACAGAGAUGGGAAUAACCUGGAACGAAUCAAGUCCAAAUGUUACAGACCCGUCGCCCGCACUUCUGCACCCCUUCACGUGGCAGACUGGGGCUUCGUGAUUCGCCAGCUGCUGUGUCACGUGAUAGUGGCAGCGGGCCUGGUGGGCAACUGCCUGUCCUUCUUCGUCAUGAAGUCGAAGCCUCUCAGACACAAAUCCUACAGCCAUUACCUCUGCGCCCUGGCGGUCUUCGACUCACUGACUCUCGUUACUCGCGAGAUGCGCCACCUGCAUGACCUACUGACCUACUUCCAGUACUCGGGGGUCUUCUCUGACUUCAGUGCCGUGGGCUGCAAGAUCUUCAGCUUCAGCGAGUGCGUCAGCUGCCUGAUGUCCUCCUGGCUCGUCGUUGCCAUGGCACUGGAGAGGGUCCUCGUCGUCUACGUGCCGUUCCGCAAGAACGUGUGGUGCACGCAGCGCGGCGCCGUCGCCAUUAUCAUCUCGCUCUUCGUCAUCUUCUCCUACAGCCAGGUGUUUCGUUUUGUGAUGGUGACAAAGACUGAAGGCCAGUGCGAAGGUCAUCGGGACUACCUGGCUGCUUACCUGGUGCUGCACGUGUACGUGUACCAGCUCUGCCUCGCCUACACCCUCCCUAUCAUCAUCGUCUUUGCUGCCAACAUCAGCGUUCUACGAAAGAUCUGUCAGGUGGAACGCACUUUCCGCCAGGAUGAAAACUCCGCGUCCACGCGCCUGACUCACGCUUCCUCGGGUCGCUCCAAGACCACGCGCAUGCUGUUGACCAUCUGCUUCGUGUACGUGUUGACGCUGCUGCCCGGCAGCACGCUGUCCAUCGUCAUGAUCGUCGCCUACCAGCUCUUCGACUUGGCCACCUCCCAGCAGCUGCUGGUGGCCGCCGUGCCCUGGUAUAACGUGCUCAUCGUCGUCUCGGACCUCAACUACGCCCUCAACUUCUACAUCUACGUGCUGUCGGGCAAAAAGUUCCGCCUGGAGCUGCGCCGAAUCUUCCGCACGGACCGUUUCGUCGUCAGCUCGCACAGCACGCGCACUCGCGAGGAGUUCAUCCUGUCCUGACUAGGCAGGGCCUUCGUGCACCGGUUCAAGACCCGCGGAGGGGCAAGAGUUGCGGGAGGCGACGCGGAGCUGCAGUGGGUAUCACACAGUCACAGCAGCGGGCAGCUGGCGGGUUCCAGCACGGAGCUGCAGAUGCGAGGGGUGGGGGUGUAGUAUGACCACGCCAUCACGUGCGACAACGCGUAGCCUUAUCA